UGGGCGUGUCGUGUGCACAUAACUUCAUCGUGUGUGUAAACGAGAAACACAGAAACAUGUCGUCCGUCGAUUUGACCAAGUUAGGAGCCAACCAGCUAAAAAACGCCACGUCUGGAGAGAUGGUGGAGGUGGGCUCUCUUUGGCGGGAACAGACGGUGGUCCUCUUCUUCCUCCGGAGGUUUGGAUGUCAGGUGUGCCGGUGGAUGGCCGCUGAGGUCAGUAAACUAGAGAAGGACCUGAAAGCGAACGGUGUUGCUCUGAUUGGUAUUGGACCCGAAGACUUGGGAUUGAAGGAGUUUACGGAUGGAGGAUUUUUGAAGGGUGAAAUUUACAUCGAUGAGAAGAAACAAUGCUACAAAGAUUUAGGCUUUAAAAGGUACAAUGCCAUUAAUAUAGUUCCCGCUGCAAUGGGAAAGAAAGUACGAGAAAUUGCCUCAAAGGCAAGUGCAGAAGGAAUUCAAGGAAACUUUAGCGGGGAUCUUUUGCAGAGCGGGGGCAUGCUUGUAGUCGCUAAAGGUGGAGAGAAGGUUCUGAUGCAUUUUGUCCAGAAUACGCCAGGAGACAAUGCAUCACUUGAAGACAUCGCCAAAGCUCUCGGGAUUUCGGUCAGUGUUCAGGCUGGUGAGAGACCACAGUGUAAUGAAGAUGUUUGCACAAGAUAAAAGAAUCCGUGAUCUUCAGGUGAUGACAGAAGAACUCGACAUUAUGAUGGAUCAAGAUGAAGAUUAAUGCAUUCUUUUAAAUCUGAUACUUAUCUACUUUAAAUUUUUGAAUGUAUUGAUUAUGAAUUAAUGUUUGUUAGAAAUGAAUCUCUCACGCUCGCUGUGUUAUGUUGUGAUUUAACACUGAUCUGUCUUGAACUUCAAACUCCUGACAAAUGUACUGAAACUGCUUUAAUAUGUCAAUAAUCACUGAAACAGGUUUACAUGUGUGUGUUUUGUCAUAAACUGUGUAUGUACCGGAGUUUAUAAAACUCUGUUUUAAUACCAUCUUUUUUCAUUAUGACUUUCUAAUCCUUUCUAAACUAAAGAUGUGACAUUUUGACGUAUUUGUGAUUUUAAAAAAAAACAUAUCUCUAUGGUUUGUUUUUCUGCAUGAAUGUCUUAACAUUUAAUAUAACACAUAACAGACUUCCCUCAUCAGGGAAAAUGAUAAAGUGGAUGUUGAUCACUAGAGAAUGUGUGAAGU